UAUAAAGCUCCAAGAAGCUGCCCUGGGAAAGUUUCCUCUGUCGUGCCAGCUCCCAGAAGGAAGGUGGGUCCAAGUCUAGCACCAUGACCGAACUGGAGACAGCCAUGGGCAUGAUCAUUGACGUCUUUGCCCGCUACGCCGGUGUGGAGGGCAGCAAGCAGAGCCUGACCAAGGGGGAGCUGAAGGUGCUCAUGGAGAAGGAGCUCCCGGGCUUCCUGCAGACUAAAAGGGACAGGGACGCCGUGGACAAACUGCUCAAAGACCUGGACGCCAACGGGGACGCCGAGGUGGACUUCAGCGAGUUCAUCGUGUUUGUGGCCACACUCACGGCUGCCUGCCACAAGUAUUUCGAGCAGGCUGGGCGCCCCUGACGUCCUGCAAGCCCAGAACCCCAGCCGGCCUAGGGGGGUGGUAGGGAGUGGGCAGGGAGCAGCCCCUGGCUUCCAGAACCCUAUGCUCCACGGCCUCCAGCUGCCCCUGUGAUCAGUAAAAUGUUUGUGAAAUGUU